UCUGCGUGCAGCACGUGAGUCGCAAAGUGGAGGAGUUGCUUUGCUUUGCAGAAGUGGGAGGGGGAAGGCUGGCAGUUAAGAGCAGCCCCCCAAGGACAGAAUGGCCGGAGUGUGAAAAGGCUCCUGAGGAUUGGAAUCUUGAGCUCCCUGAGGAUUGGAGUUCUACUUUAAAAGGAAGGAAGGAAAGAAGACGUUCCGGGCUCAUUCUCUCCCCUCCUUCACCAUGUUUGGCUCCUCCCGAGGGGGCGUGAGAGGAGGGCAGGACCAGUUUAACUGGGAAGAUGUAAAGACGGACAAACAAAGGGAAAACUACCUAGGGAACUCCUUGAUGGCACCCGUAGGCCGGUGGCAGAAGGGGAAGGAUCUCACGUGGUACGCUAAGGGGAAGAAAGGUGACGCGCCUCUCUCCCGGGAGGAUGAGCUGGCUGCUGUCCGGCGGGCAGAAGAGGAGGCGAUGAUGGCAGCCUUGGGUUAUAAGAAUGUGAAGAAGCAGCCGACAGGACUAAGCAAAGAGGAUCUUGCCGAGGUCUGCAAACGUGAUGGAGCAGAGCGUGACGAGAAGGCGGUGGAUCGUGUGUUGGGCCUGGGGAGUUCAAGGUGUGACGCGAGCAGGAUGAUGUUUUCCAAAGAAGACAAAGAAGCUGCCAAAAUGGGCCUUUCAGUCUUCACGCACCAUCGAACAGCAAGCAGUCCAGAGGCUUCGGCUACCAAAAAGAAACCGGAUAAAGAAGAGGAAACACGAGCUGCAGAGCCAGAGCCCAGCAAGAAAUCCAAAAAGAAGAAAGAGAAGAAGAAGAAGAAAAAGCACAAGAAAGAAAAGAAAAAAGAGAAGGAGAAGCACUGUAGAAAAAGAGAAGAUUCUUCCUCCUCCGCCACCUCUUCUCCAGACGACAGAGAGAGAAAGAGGCGACCUGCCUCGCCUCCUGAGCGCCAUCCAUCAUCCUCCCGGCAGGCUGGAGCCAGCCGCCGUGACAGCCAUUCAUCACCCGCCCAGGAAGAACAGAAACCACCCAGCAGGUGGCGCCGCAGCCCAGCCUCCUCCAGCAGCAUCAAGGAAGGGACCCCCGCCACAAAGACACAGGCCCCCAGCCGUGGAAGGAGGGAGUGUCGAAGCGGCAGCCGGUCCCUGUCUCCUAGGGGCAAAAGCACCGGGCCCCACAAGCGUCGGAGGAGCAGGUCCCCCACAUCUAUGGGAGCCAGGAGGAGGCACGACACAGAUUCCGAUGACUGAGCCUUCGUCUGGAACCAAAGAGGCUGCAGCCUUUGUUUUGGGGCCUCUCUCCUUGGCUGCUAACUGGAACUAAGUCACGGCUAAUGCAAAUGUCCCAGAGGUCCUUCUGGAGUCUAGCAGGAAGUCAGGAAGCCCCCCACCCCAAAUAAACGUUUGUACCUUAAAUGCCUUUGUGAGAAACACACCUCAGAGUUUAGGCAGCUGCCUAACAGACCCCUUUAGAAGAAGUACAGUGGUACCUCAGUUUAUGAACACAAUUGAUUCCGGAAGUCUGUUCAUAAACUGAAGCGAACUUUCCCAUUGAAAGUAAUGGAAAGUGGAUUAAUCCGUUCCAGACGGGUCCGCGGAGUACUCAACCUGAAGCGUACUUAACCCGAAGCAUGGGUGUAAUUGGUUCCGGAAGUCUGUUCAUAAACGGAAGCGUUCAUAAACUGAAGCGAACUUUCCCAUUGAAAGUAAUGGAAAGUGAAUUAUUCCGUUCCAGAUGGGUCCGCGGUGUUCGUAAACCGAAAAUUUGUAAACCGAACUGUUCAUAAACCGAGGUUCCACUGUAGUGCAGCUGAAGUGAUAGCUCUUCCGACAAGGGUUUUAAAACGCUAGGAGCGAAACUUUGAGUUGUGCAGAGCUCUUUCUCGGGCAUAGUUUUUUUUUCGAAAGGGAGGCGAUAAAUUCCCAGAGCAGCUCGUGUGCUAAACCAUAGGAGAAAUGUAGAAAGCAGAUAUUAUAUUGAUGUGUUACACACACUUACACUCAGGUCCCCCCCCCCAAAAAAAAGCUGUAAAGAGGGUUGUGCGGGAUAGAUCAGAAUGCUUUAUCAAAGCAAGAAGAGCUAAGUAUAUCUUGGAGGCUGUACUGCUGCAGAAACACCCCUCUCAAGUCCAUGAAGCCUAGUUUGCAGUGUUUUUAUUAUGUUAGAAGAAGAAGAGGAAGAGUUUGGAUUUGAUAUCCCGCUUUAUCACUACCCGAAGGAGUCUCAAAGCGGCUAACAUUCUCCUUUCCCUUCCUCCCCCACAACAAACACUCUGUGAGGUGAGUGGGGCUGAGAGACUUCAGAGAAGUGUGACUAGCCCAAGGUCCCCCAGCAGCUGCAUGUGGAGGAGCAGAGACGCGAACCCGGUUCCCCAGAUUAGGAGUCUACCGCUCUUAACCACUACACCACACUGGCUCCCAGAGUGGCUGGGGCAACCCAGUAAGAUGGGCAGGGUAUAAAUAAUAAAAUUAUUAGUAGUAGUCGUAUAUGACAUAAAAAAGUAGGAGUCUAAGCUGCCCAGGUUCCUUUUUUGUUGAUGCCUAGGGAUCGCUUCCUUAUGCAUUAGCAACAAAAGGAUUUUGUGCUGGCUUAAAGACUUAAAUGCAUUUAUUGUGGCUGAAACCUUUGUCAGGUGCAUGAAAUGGUCCCCUCGACAUGUAGGCUAUCUACCUGCAUCCAAAAAAAGCCACCCACUGAUGUGAUCCCUUCGCAUAACUCUUGACAAAGGGGGCUCUGGCCCACGAGCCCCCAAUACGCCAUACAAUAAAGGUGUUAACGGCAGGUCCACAUCCUGCAUUUAAAGUGCAUGCGAUGCGCAUUUGAAGCACCUGUCUUCCCCCAAAGAAUCCUGGGAACUAGCUUGUUAAGGAUGCUGGGAAUUGUAGCAGCUCUGUGAGGGGGGAUCUACAGUUCCCAGGAGUCGAGGGGGAAAGACAUGUACAGUAGUCAUUUUAUUUUUAAUAAAAACACAUAGACACGUACUGUACAGAACUUUAAAUGUGCGUUGGGCGUCUACUUUAAAUGUUUGGUGUGGCUCUGCAAUUAGUCUUUAAAGGAGCAGGUAAUCCUUGGUUUUGCUGCAGCAGGAUUACCUGGUUGUCGCCUUUCACUUACAUGGCAAAGUACUCUAAAAUUAGGGUCUUGCCUAAAGGGUCUUGCCUGGCGCUCACCUUGGUGUAACCACACAGCCUUGCCAUUCUCCCCUGCCAGCCCUGUCCAGGUAAACAGCAACGAGAUGGCGGGGGGGGGGCUGCUCUGUGGCUCUGCCCCCAACACUAGCCGGGUCUCAACACACACAAGCAGUAGCAGCAGCAGCAGCAGCAUCUAGAACUUGCUGCUUGCAUUCCUUUCUACCAAGGGAGGAAGGGACUGGACCGUUUUCUUAGCAUUUGUAAAACCAGUUUGUUAAAACCGCCCCGCCGUGCCACCAGCUGUUUGUAUCUUGUCAUUGGUGUUAUUUCUACCUUUACAGUAUUUUUAGGUUUAUAUUAUAUACUGCCAAGUAUGGUAAAAUGAAUGAAACCCUUUUUUAAAAAAAGAGAAGAAGAAGACGGUUGUGUGUAACGCCCGGACUUCUUUCCAGCUUCUCGAAGCCUCCUUUUUACUUUGCCAAAUUGAUUUAUUCUGUUGCUCCGUGUCCCGGAUGACCUCUGUCCCCCGCUAAGCUUUGCUCACCUGGGUAUCCAGGAUGUGGUAAGCAGGGUGUGUCUCCCUGGGAGUGUCUCGGAUUCCUCCUUUGGAGCUGCAGUGCACUGAAAAGGCGAAAAAGCGGGGAGGGGGUGGCUGCUCGCUGCCUUUUGCAGGUAGGUGAAUGGGUGGCCUUUCAUGCUGUUGCUACUUGCACAAACAGGUGAGUCGUGGCACAGGGCAAGAUGCUAUUCCUCACUCUGGCUGGUGGAGAGCAGUAGUCGGGGAGGGUCAACCUCAGGCUAGGGUCCAACCAGGCCUCUUUGGCCCUUGGAAAUCUCUCUAGGCCACACAGCCCACUGACGCCUGCUUCACUCUUCGAGGGUCCUUGCCUUGCUGGAAUGUUUCCUUGGGCUCUGGUUGCUGCACUGCCGGUGCUUGGACUAGAUGGGCCUCGCAGUCUCUUCCAACCCUAUGAUUCUAUUCUUAAAGGUAAAGGGGCCCCUGACCAUUAGGUCCAGUCACAGAUGAUUCUGGGGUUGCGGCACUCAUCUCUUUAUUGGCCGAGGAAGCAGGCAUACAGCUUCUGGGUCAUGUGGCCAGCAUGACUAAGCUGCUUCUGGCGAACCAGAGCAGCACACGGAAACACUUAACCUUCCCGCCAGAGUGGUACCUAUUUAUCUACUUGCACUUUGACAUGCUUUCGAACUGCUAUGUUGGCAGGAGCUGGGACUGAGCAGCGGGAGCUCACCCCAUCGCGGGGAUUCGAACUGCUGACCUGAUCGGCAAGCCCUAGGCUCUGUGGUUUAACCUGCAGUGCCACCCGCAUCUAUCAUUCUAUUAUUAGCCUCGUGCUAGCCUUGAUGGAGACUUCUCAGGACACUUGCCUCAAAGCAGGCUCAGGGUUUUUUGUCUUUGUUAUUAUUCGAAGCUUAGAUUUUAAAAGAAGAAGAUUGCAACUCCCAUCAGGGAGCAGGGAACCAGGCAGAGGGCCUCCUCGGUGGUGGUGCCCGCCCUGUGGAACGCCCUCCCAUCAGAUGUCAAGGAGAAAAACAGCUACCAGAUUUUUAGAAGACAUCUGAAGGCAGCCCUGUUUAGGGAGGCUUUUAAUGGUUAAUAGAUUGUUUCAUUUUUCUGUGGGAAGCCACCCAGAGUGGCUGGGGAAACCCAGCCAGAUGGGUGGGGUAUAAAUAAUAAAUUAUUGUUAUUAUCAGGCCCAGCCAGCAUGGAAAUCAGAUAGAGAUGCUGGGAGUUGCAAACCAACUAACUCUGGAGGCCCCCACAUUGGCUAACCCUGAGUUAAGAGUCUCCAGGUUGGAAGUUGUGACUUCAAACUACAUUGAGGCUGCUGCCCUUUACCUGCUUAAUUGGGAGUAAAUCCUGUUGAGCUCAGUAGACUUGUACAGGUGAAACUCGGAAAAUUAGGAUAUCGUCGAAAAGUGCAUUUAUUUCAGUAUUUAUUUAUUUCAGUAUUUCUUUUCCUUUUAAUUUUUACAAAUGCUUUCUUUUGGAAAUUCCACAGCAAUAAAACAAAUAGUUACAAUAAUACAAAAAUAAACAUCGCUAUUGCAUUUCGUUAAUUGCAUUCCAUUUAUACCGUAAUUCACCCGCCUAACGAUGAAUUAUUAAAAUUACAACAAAUAAUGGCUUGACAUAUCUUGCUUUGCAUGUCAUGCAUCUAUCUCAUAUAUUGGUUUCACCUUUUAAGUUGCUGUUCACAAACUGCUGUUCUCAUCAGGAUUCUUUGCAGGGAAACCGUAACACUUAACUUUUCCCAACUCAGCCCAGAGCCUAGGAAAAGGUGAGGUGGGUCACUGCUGGGAACGACUUGAGAAGGACAAGAUAUCUUUACUGGGGCAGGAUGGUGGUGGAUGGAAAUAGCCCUGCUUUUGAGCCUCAAUGAAAUUGGUACCUAUUUUCAUUGCUCCGUCUUGGGUACCUUCUGCAGUUUAGUUAGGAUGCACUUUCGAGGAAGAGAAUGUAUUUUUAAAAAACAAACUGCCCAAUUGCUUUACAAGGGGAUGCUUGCAGGGCUGUAAACGCAUGGAAUGGGCCUCUCUCUUAAAAACAUAUUUCUUUGGCUUCACUCGGGGUGUGUUUGGGGCCCUGAGUUUCCUGAGAAAGGAAAUGGGGGUAAGGUGGAAAAACCCUCUUGAAGCACAAACAAUAGCUCAAUAAACCCUAACCCUGCAUAACAAAAGCGGGGUGAAGGGAGGACCCUCUCACCUAUGUGUUAAGUAGGGGGGGGGGGUCACCAGUGGGAAACAAGCUUUAUGGGCCCUGCCUGGGGGUUAUAAGCCCCUGGGCAGAGAGAGAAAGAGAAGCCGAGGCUAUAGCUGUGGGAAAAGAAGCAGCAGCCACUGUGAAAUCGCAGCCCUUGUAAAAGUGCAAAACGGAAGCAGCACACACAUUUUGGAAGUUGCCCGAUGAGGGCUGAGCUGAGAUCCUAGAACUGGAGAGUUGGAAGGGAACCCAAGGGUCAUCUAGCCCAACCCCCUGCCACACAGGAAUCUCAGUGUAGAUUUUUGCUUUUUAGUCUAACCAGAGCAGGGUAGAUUCAGGUAGGUAGCCGUGUUGGUCUGACGCAGCCGAAAUAAAUUUAAAAAUUGUCCAGUUGCACCUUAGAUGGGACCCAGGUGGCGCUGUGGUUAAACCACUGAGCCUAGGGCUUGCUGAUCAGAAGGUCGGCAGUUCAAAUCCCUGUGACGGGGUGAGCUCCCGUUGCUCGGUCCCAGCUCCUGCCAACCUAGCAGUUC